AUGGCACGCAGGCGGAGAACCUGGUGGUUGAAGGUUCCGGUUACGCGCGAACAGCUCGCUCGGCAACUGAAGACUUGUCGGCGAUUUUAUUUGGUUACGCUUCUUGCUACAUCGGACCGCAUCAUAUUCCCCCUUUAUCUGCCCGUCAACAACCUGCCACCCUAUCGGAGGGACUUGUCUCCCCGCUUCGACAUCCUACUGUCCGAGCACCCCGCGCUCCUGGAUGCUGAGACCACCCCCCUGGCGCAGCAGGGAAGGUUCAUGAAAGGGUUCAGUCAAUGUAUUUCGGGGCACGGCGUGCGCGGACACUUCGGCACCAUCGAUGCCAUCGUCCUCGACGACGAAUACAUGCCCAUGUUGGCUAUCUCGCGACAUUCAACACAUUUGGCUUGA